AUGGACUCGGAUGACCAGAAGGCGCCACACGUGGUGGUAGUGAAGAACACAUUCAUUGACCUCGAUGAUGCUCCCAGAAUGCCAACACUCGCCCGCGUGGCCACCACACCAGCAAGAUACGUCGAGUCCUCGAAAGGCAUCGAGGAUGAGGAUGAUACUGACGAGGAGGGGGCGGAGGAGGAUACCGGUGGCCAGGUUGAGGAGGGCACAGAUGCACCACCACCGAUGCCCGAGCUCUACCGCGUAGCCACCUACGACGAGUAUGAGCCAGAGACAAAUUGGGCAUGGACAGUCUCCUCUCCAAUUCCUGACAAGCCAGCGGGAUACAGCGGUGGUCCAGCGCCAAUUCCCAGCCCAAUGCCAAUCCCAGCACAGCCAGUGCCUGGCUCUGCUACCAUUGUCGUCGUGCCUGCACCUGCAACGAUGCCCAUGGGGGGGUCUCCUACUCCUGUGCCAAUCCCACAAGGGAUGGCGCCUCCUCAGCGAUUUGACCGAUGGCCUCAGGGAAUUCCGACACCCACAAGCUUGCCAGAAGAACCCCGAGAGGCUUCAACCAGCCCCAGACCAGCAGAUCCGCCCGCCCCAGCAGCUCCACGUGCACCAGUGCUGCAGCGGGCCUUCAGUGUGAACAGCCGCAUCUUCCGAAUCCACUGGACAGUGGAUGCCAGGGUCUUGAAGUCGUCUGACAGAGAGAAGGUCUCUCCACCCUUCGAGGUGUCGAUGGAUGGUCAAGAAAUUCAGUUCAAACUUUGCCUGCGCCCUUCCUUGACCUCAGAGAGCCGCGGAGGGGCCUCCUUCCGAAAGGCAAAGGGCAAGGGCUCAGUGGACAUGCGCUGCCUGAGCGAAAUCAGUCGCACUUGUGUAAUGACUUUCCGAGUCGCAAUCGGCAAGGGCUCCGAGUCACACAAAGUGUCGCGAACCAUGAAGCAUGACUUCUCGCAGAAGCCGAUCUGCCAGUUAGAGGGCGAUGACGACUGGGACUUCAAGACCGUGACCGACGAGGAGAGCCAGACUUUCGUCGUGGUCUUAGAGGUUUGUGGAGGCUGA